AUAUUUUCAAAAUCCAUGAGCUCUUCAUUAGUUCACAAGACCCGUGAGUCGACAAUUGAUUACAAAUUCUGUAUCCACACCCUGGAUUCUGAUCCUAGAACCACAACCGCAGAUCUUGUUGGCCUUGCUAACAUUUCUCUCGAUCUAACGUUCCAUAAUGCUACAGACACUCAUGUAUACAUCUCUCGCUUGUUGGAAAAUGCCAAUGAGCCUACUAUCAAGAAAUGGCUUAACAUUUGCCAUGAAAAAUACGGGUACGCGCUUGCUGGGAUCUCAGAUUCAUUCAAUGACUUGGCUUAUAAGGAUUACGAGAAUCUCAAUUUAAGUGCUCAGCUUGUUGGUGCUCAAGCUCUACAAUGUGAAAAAUCCUUCGGAGCAAAGGAGGAGAGUCAUAAAUCGCCGUUGAGUCUCAGAAAUGAUGACCUGAAUCGUCUUUCUGACAUCGUUGCAACCAUUGCAUCUAUACUUAACCCAGAUCUUCUUGUGUGAUUUCCUUCACUCAAUGUUGCUCGACUUCUCUUCAAUAAUAUACAAA